AUGAAACUUAAUUUGACCCUCCACGGCAGCCCUUCGCCAAUAUGUCAUCCUUUCAAGGCCAUCACUGAAUGUCCUGUGCACCCGGAAAAUUAUUAUGCCAAGUACACAACCUGCGUCAAGUGCACUGCAGCCAAGAAGCGCGAGGAGCGCGAGGCCAAGAGCAUUCGCGAGGAGCAGGAGCGCGAAAGGGAAAAUGAACGAAACAAAGAGAAUGAGGAGUGGCCUAAAAAGGGAACCAAAAAAAUCAAGAAACCCAAGGUCAGACCAGACCAUGAGAAGAGCAUCAAGCAGCUGCGCAGAGAGCAGAAGGCGUUGAAGAAGUCAGGGGCUAUGGUUAAUGUGACCAGCUUGACGGCAGGGGAGGAAGACGAUGGGGCAGAGACAGAUGGUGUGCAGACAGCUGACGAGGGGGUUGAUACAUAA